UGUCGCUAGCGUAAUAGUAGUGAUGCAGGAGGUGAACAAAUAUAAAUGAUAAAAGGCUACAGAUGAAAGGGGAAAGUAUCUUCAAUCUUGAACCUAGGGGAAAUGGUUGUUGCUUGCUAGCGUUCACAAGCACCGCGUUAGCAACAAAAUAGCCUAAACGUUUCCUUGAAAAUGUCUAAAAUGCAGCUGUUGCAGGUUUAUCUAAACGAGCGGUUAACAGCGGUGGCUGUUGAGAUAUUUGGGGCAGUGGAAAAUACCAUAGGAGAGUACCAGGAAGAAAUCUCCCGUUCAAAUGAGGAGAUCGAACGUCUACGGAGGCUGCUGGAUUUGGUUUUCCAACCCGACAUAAAGCUACAGAGAGCAGACCCCCAGCAGCUCAUUCUCCCUGUCCCUGAAGAGGAGGUUCCCACUGAGCAGCAGCACUGUGAGCAGGAGUGGAGCCCCAGUCUGGGCCAGGAGGACCCAGAGCCCACUCUGAUUAAAGAGGAACAGGAAGAGUUUGGGACCAGUCAGGAGGAAGAGCAGCUUCAGGGGCUGGAGUCUGAUAUCAAAGAGGUCAUAUUCUCUCCUCCCUCUCCUCCCCAGCCCUCACAUCAUCUCCAAACCCAAACUGUGGAGAACAGAGAGAGGGACGCUCUACCUACCAAAACAAGUGAAGAGAUCAAAACGGAACCGGAUGGAGAGGGCUAUGGAGAAUCUGAAGCAAACAAUGAAUUACAGCCCCUCUCUCCAGUAAAUUCUGACUGUUCUGCAGCUCAUAUUGGGAACAGUGAAAGUAUAGGGCUAAUGUCAGGGUUACAGCCACUCAAAUCAAAGACAACAUGGACAAAGAAAGUACAAAGCUCUAUUAAGACCAGGGAAGCCAGUGAACUGAAAGUUCCAUUGAGGGCGGCUCACUCAGGGGAGAGACCACACAGGUGUCCUGUCUGCAGGAAAUGCUUUCUGAAAAUUAGCAUUUUAAAAACUCAUCAGAGAAUUCACACUGGGGAGAAACCAUAUUGCUGCAAUGUAUGUGGCAAAUGCUUCAGCCGGAUGGGACACCUGACUGAACAUAUGAGAACUCACACUGGGGAGAAACCAUAUCAGUGCAAAGGAUGUGGCAAAUGCUUCAGCCGAAUGAGAAACCUGACUGUUCAUAUGAGGACUCACACAGAUGAGAGACCAUAUAAGUGCCCCAUGUGUGUAGAAUGCUUCAGAUCAGCAAGUCAUCUAAAAUGGCACCAGCGAAGACAUCACACAGGAGAGAAACCACGUUGCUGACUUUGUGGUAAAUGCUUCACUUGUAAGAACUGAGGAUGAGAAUGAACCCAGAGGGAUAAACAUGACAGUGCUGCUUGGGGCAAAAUUGUACUCUCACUUGUAGGAGGACCUUUCCAUUGUAAAACGCUGAUGUUUCAUAACCCUUCUGAGCAUGGCACAAAUGUAUAUACGGUAAUACGUUUUUCAGAACCUAGUAGUUAUUUGGCAAUUCCAGCAUUAUUUGCACACAAAAUCACAAUUUAUAUGUCUCACAGAAUGGACAAACAAAAUGUAAAUGAAACUUUUGAUGUGUGUCUAUAUUACCCCUUGGGGGGAGUGUUUACCCCCUAAAAGCAGACUUGUAAAUAUUGACAUGUUGGACAAAUAAUGCAAAUAAGAAGUGUUCUGGAUGUUACACACCCUCUGUUCUGGAUGUUACACACCCUCUGUUCUGGAUGUUACACACCCUCUGUUCUGGAUGUUACACACCCUCUGUUCUGGAUGUUACACACCCUCUGUUCUGGAUGUUACACACCCUCUGUUCUGGAUGUUACACACCCUCUGUUCUGGAUGUUACACACCCUCUGUUCUGGAUGUUACACACCCUCUCUUCUGGAUGUUACACACCCUCUCUUCUGGAUGUUACAGGGAAUUGAACAUAUUAGCAAAAGUAUGAGUGAGGUCAAAACAUGGAUUUCCAUUUCGAUCACAAAAAACUAUAAUUUUCAAAAGAUUGUAACAACUUAUGGAUGUUACAGAAUCUGAAAGUUUUAUUGAUCAAAAUCAAAAAAUAUUUUUGGGGGGAAUGUUUUUCAAAUGUCAGCAGAAGGCAUAGUAUCUCAGGAUUACAUAAUUGCAGUUAACCUAUUAGGGUGUGGUAUUUAGGCUAUGUUUUGUCUUUAAAUACACUAUAUAUACAAAAGUAUGUGGACACCCUUUCAAAUUAGUAGAUUUCAACCACACCCGUUGCUGACAGGUGUAAAGAGAAAAAAAAAAAAAAAAAAGAUGUUAUUGCAGGUGUAGUGAAAUGCUUGUGUUCAUAGCUCCAACAUUGCAGUAAUAUUUAACAAUUCACACAAAUCUAAAAAGUAAACGGAUGGAAUUAAGAAAUAUUAGGACGAGCAAUGUCGGAGUCCGGAGUAUAAAUAUACACUGAGUAUACAAAACAUUAAGAACACUUGCUCUUUCCAUGACUGACUAAUCUGGUGAAUCCAGGUGAAAGCUAUGAUCCCUUAAUUGAAGUCACUUGAUAAAUCCACUUCAAUCAGUGUAGAUGAAGUAGAGGAGACGGGUUAAAGAAGGAUUUCUAAGUCUUGAGACAAUUGAGACUCGGAUUAGGCAUGAGUGCCAUUCAGAGGGUGAAUGGGCAACACAGAAGAUUUAAGUGCCUUUGAACAGGGUAUAUUAGUAGGUGCCAGGCGCACCAGUUUGUGUCAAGAACUGCAACGGUUUUUCCCGCUAAACAGUUUCUGGUGUGUAUCAACAAUGAUCCAACACCCAAAGGACAUCCAGCCAACUCGACACAACUGUGGGAAGCAUUGAAGUCAACAUUGGGCAGUAUCCUUGUGGAACGCUUGACACCUUGUAGAGUCCAUGCCCCGAUAACUUGAGACUGUUCUGAGGGCAAAGGGGGGGUGUAACUCAAUAUUAGGAAGGUGUUCCUAAUGUUUGAUAGACUCUGUGUGUGUGUGUGUAUAUAUACACACACAAGUUUGGGGUCACUUAGAAAUGUCCUUGUUUUUGAAAAAAGCAAAAAAAUGUUGUCCAUUUUAAAAUAACAUCAAAUGGAUCAGGAAUACAGUGUAGACAUUGUUAACGUUGUAAAUUACAUUUGUAGCUGGAAACGGCAGAUUUUUUUUAAUGGAAUAUCUACAUAGGCGUACAAAGCAACAGUGAAGAGGCGACUCCGGGAGGCUGGCCUUCUAGUCAGAGUUCCUCUGUCCCGUGUGUGUGUUAUUUUUCCCAUCUUAAUCUAUUCUUUUUAUUGACCAGUCUGAGAUAUGGCUUUUUCUUUGCAACUCUGCCGAGAAGGCCAGUAUCCCGGAGUUGCCUCUUCACCUUUGACAUUGAGACUGAUGUUUUGCCGGUACUAUUUAAUGAAGCUGCCAGUUGAGGACUUGUGAGUCGUCUGUUUCUCAAACUAACAUAAUUGCAAAAGGGUUUAAAAAAGCACAAAGCAGAUAAGGCUUAAUAAUUCAUAAAGGUCAGGUUAACUGACUGAUAUUAUGGCAUAUAAUAAAUUAUAUAAGAUCUCCUAAGCCUGUGUUUACCACCGACCUUGCUAACAUAAUUGCAAAAGGGUUUUCUAAUGAUCAAUUGUCCCUUUAAAUUUAUAAACUUGGAUUAGCUAACACAAUUGGAACACAGGAGUGAUAGUUGCUGAUAAUGGGCCUUUGUACACCUAUGUAGAGAUUCCAUUAAAAAUCAGCCGUUCCAGCUACAAAUGUAAUUUACAACAUUAACAAUGUCUACACUGUAUUUUUGAUCAAUUUGAUGUUAUUUUAAUGGACAAAAAAUUAGCUUUUCUUUCAAAAACAAGGACAUUUCUAAGUGACCCCAAACUUUUGAACGGUAUUGUAUAUACUGAAAAAUAUAUAUAAAUGCAACAUGUAAAGUGUUGAUCCCAUGUUUCAUGAGCUGAAAUAAAAUAUCCCAGAAAUGUUCCAUACGCGCAAAA